AUGACUGCUACCUCAAGCCGUAUUCGCAACGGUGUCAUAACCGCUCUUGUUUUCUCCAGCAUCUGUGGUGGCGCCGUUAUCCGAUCAAAAUCUAGCCAGGAACUUCAAGUCACGUACAAAGAGAAUACGGUAUGUGAAACCACGCCGGGCGUCAAAUCCUAUAGUGGAUAUAUCAAAAUCCCUGCAACUCUAGAUCCGCCGCUUCAACCGUACGACGCGAACAUGUUCUUCUGGUUCUUCGAGGCAAAGGAAAACCCUUCAACAGCUCCGCUGAGCAUAUGGCUUGCUGGCGGGCCGGGAUCUGCCAGUAUGGACGCGGCUGUCUCUGGACACAGCGGACCAUGCAUCGUUCAGGAUGACUCGAACACCACGACCCCGAACCCUUGGAGUUGGAAUAACAAAGUCAACUUGUUGUACAUUGAUCAGCCUGUUCAGACCGGCUACUCAUAUGAUGUCGUUACUGAGGGCGUCCUGGACACUCUCACCGGUGACAUUGACGUCUCUGGAGAUGAUGUUCCCCUUAACUUUACAGCUGUCAAAGGGAAGUUUUCUAGUCAAAAUCCGACCACGACGGCGAACACCACAGGUAUUGCCGCAAAGGCAAUUUCCAACUUCCUCCAGCUAUGGUUUCAAGAGUUCGACACCUAUAAGCGAGACAACAUCAGUAUCUGGUCAGAGUCCUAUGGUGGCCACUAUGCCCCAGCCAUCGCCGCGCUGCUCAUGAAGGAGAAGGCUGCUGCCAGCAGCGCCGAGAGCAAGCGAAGCUGCGGUAGUGUUCCGCCGUUCCAUGUUGGAAUUGAUUCAGUCGGCAUCAUUAACGGCCUCAUCGACAUAACUGUGCAGGCACCAUUCUACCCGUCUUUCGCGAUCAAUAACACAUACAGCAUAAUGGCCUACAACGAGACCGUUGCGCAGCUGGCAGUGGACAAUUUAUACAAGGAGGGCGGGUGCAUGGAGCAGGCAUUGGCGUGCCGGGCACUGGCCGAGGAGAGUGACCCUGACAACUAUGCGAACAAUGAGACUGUAGCCGAGGUCUGCGGAACAGGUCUUGCGUAUUGCUGGGAGAACGUAUAUGGCUUCUACGAUGCGCUAUCAGGGCGCAACUGGUUCGACAUUGGGAAUUUCAUGCCGGACUCAGUCCCUGAACCCUAUGCGUAUGGGUUCCUUAAUAACGAGUGGGUCAUAGAAGCCCUCGGAGCGAACGUCAACUACAGCAUCAACAACAAUGUGAUUGGCAUGGGUUUUGCUAUGAAUGGCGACCUCAUCCGCGGCGGAUUCAAAGAGGAUCUAGCUAAUCUCCUAGACCAAGGAGUCAAGGUAGCUCUCAUCAACGGUGAUCGUGAUUACAGAUGCAAUUGGCUUGGCGGUGAAGCUGUCAGUCUGGCCACGAAUUAUAGCCAGAGUGAUGAUUUUGCAGCAGCGGGAUACACAGAUAUCUCUGUUAACGGGAGCUAUGUGGGCGGCAAGGUUCGACAGCAUGGGUUGUUCUCUUUCUCGCGAGUCUAUGAAGCCGGCCAUUCGGUAUCGCAUUAUCAACCGGAGACUGUCUACAGGAUCUUCAUUCGCUCCAUCUUUGGGCAAGAUGUAGCUACCGGGACCGUGUCUGUUGUUGACGACCCGAGCUACUCCACCACCGGGCCUUCUUCAGUAUUUGAUGUCAAGAAUGCCAUUCCAGAGCAGCACCCCAUCGAGUGUUAUGUCGAAGCAGCGCCGCUUCCUCUGAGUUGCACAGACAACCAGAUCGCAGCUCUGCUCAACGGGACAGCUGUCGUUGAGAAUCGGGUCGUGAUGGAUCCCGCGGAAUGA